GAAGAAGGAAGAAGAAGAAUAGAAGUUCAUCGUCGUACGAUUUCCUUGUUGUUGGUAAUAUCCCCGUAGUUCUAUUCGUCGUAAUCGAGGUGAGUGCGUGGACAUCUAACGUAUGGUUUAUGUUGUUUGUGGUUUAAAAGGCAUGGAUCAAAAUAUGUAAGGUUAGAAUGAUGUUGGUUAAUGUUGGUACUGUUAAUAUGAACCUAUUGAUGUUUAUUGUUAUGAAAUUGAUGUUGUUUGAUGUGGAAAAAUGAAGUUGUUGCAGAAUCUGAACUUUUCGUGCCCGACGGUAGGUCGGUACGGUGCUACCGCCACCCUCUAUUUUCCAUCCUCCCCUACCGGUACCUGUGACCAUAAGGACCUUAAGGCUGCAAAGCUAAAUCCAAAGGUUGCCGCCAAACUAAGGCAUGUACUCAUAUUGAGAAAUUUGAGCAACAUGCAUGACUUCUCCAUAUUUCUGUUUUAACAUAGUUUUUAUAUGGGUAUAAAAUCAAAACUGUUUCAGGUAUAUGGUUCUAAAAUGGAGAAUUGGCAUGAUUUUUAUGUUAUGUUGAAUUAUAUUUAAUUUUAUAUUUAUCUUCUAUUUGAUUUACUAGAUGCACCAGGGGCACAAUUGUAUUUUUCAUUAUAAUUCAUUGCAGUAUGACAAUAUGCAUUAUUACUCUUAUGUGCUUUCUAAGUAGGAAACAGGGAAGUGGAGGUAUCCCUUGAAGAUUCAUUGUCAGUUUUUUUCAAACAUAUUGCCUCUUCAUCUAAUAAAUGAAUUAGCAUAUAAUAAUGUGACUGGGACUACCGUGACUUGGCUAGGGUACUUGAAUUGUGGAUGGCUUCCUGUGACAGUGGCUAAGGCAGCAGAGUCAAAGGUGACAAGGUUGUGUUGUACUCAUCGACCAACAAUGGAAAAAGAUUUUCAAAAAAGCGUGAUCCCGAGAAUUCCUUCAAAAUAGUACAAGACGUUGAAAUGUUGAAAUCUGGAGUGAAGGCAAUAGGAAGACUGUUAACGGCCGGGUGGAAAUCACAGAGAUUGAAGGUUCCUUAACACUACAAGCCACCUUAAGCUGCUCACAACUUCAUCCAUCAGUUACACACCAGACGCAUCAAUUAUUCAAUCAAGUGUUUCUUCCCCAAUUUAGCAAUAUAAGCUCGCAUCCAUUGGAAACAAGCAUUCUUGGAAUUCAUAGAUUUGACAUGUUGAGCUCAGUAUCCGACCACUAAUUGUUCACAGAAGCAAAACCAUGGCCUGUGGAGUUCCUCAUAUUUUAAGCGGCAUGAAGUUAAUUGCCAGGUAAUAACACAACAGAUUAUACAUCUUAAUUCUCUAUUUACAGUUGAGGUAUUGUAUGUUGUACUCUUUAGGGUUUCGAUUUGUCUUUAGGUCAAUGAUCAAAAUAGAGAAGAGGACUAUGUUUGUUGAGAACAUAAGUUACAUAAUCACUGCCAACGAAAUCAUGACAAUAUUACCAUCCACUUAGAAAGGAUUACUUAAAUGCAGAAUGCACCAACUUGCCAUAACCAAAGUAUGGCAUGCAUAUCUUUACUGCCAGGUUAGUUUUAGGGUGUGAUAUGACUUCCAUCAAUAGCGCAUUAAGCUACAUUUAUACUGCUUUUGUGCCUUUUAGUUCUUGUCACUAUCAAAUAAGAUAAAUUGGACCAGCGGGCAUCAUAAAUUUGUGAGGGCACAUGUUUUCAAAUAGACACGUAUUCAGUAUUCCUAAUGGGCUAUUACUUCAGAAUGAAUUUCUUUGUUUAAUUCCUCACAGGUUAUCCAAGUGUGUGUGUGUCACAUUGUGCUUUUUUCUUUUACACCUCAAAUCCCAUCCAGAGCUGUAAUAUGGAUUAUGCACCAGCAAACAACGACAUUUAUGCAUAGUAAGGAGAGUUCAAGAGUUUUUUUUAGGACUAGGAGUAAAAAGUUAAGACACUAAACUUCCAUGAGUUCGAUCAAAACAAAAAUUGAACUAUGAUCUCUUGGGGAUGGCAUAUAGAAUCUUUGUGAGCUGAGUUCAGAAUGUGUUUCAAUUUUUUUAAAAAUAUUUUUUGCCGGUGCGGUGUUUUCUCCCUCAUCGUAUGGGUCACGGGCUGUCUGAACUCCAAUGAGAAACAAUCUCUUCACUCCUCGGGAAGGAGCCAUGUAGUACAGUAAAGGUAAAGUAAUAGU